UGUAGUCGUAUCACACUGUGUAGAAGAAACAUCGCCAGAACAAACCACCGCCAACAUGACCCAAGUCAUCUCCAACUCGGGCCACGAUGAUAUGAUUCACGAUGCCGUGCUCGACUACUACGGCAGACGUCUUGCGACAUGUUCGUCCGACAAGACGAUCAAGAUCUUCGAGAUUGACGGCGACCAGCACCGCCUGACCGAGACCCUCAAGGGCCACGAGGGCGCGGUAUGGGCAGUGGCCUGGGCACAUCCCAAGUUCGGCACCAUCCUCGCGUCCUGCUCAUACGAUGGUCGCAUCUUGAUCUGGCGCGAGCAAAAUAGCCAGUGGCAGCGUAUCUACGACUUCACGCACCACACCGCGUCCGUAAACCUCGUCGCCUGGUCACCGCCAGAGACGGGAUGCCACCUGGCCGCAGCCAGCAGCGACGGCCAUGUCUCCGUCCUGACCUUCGAGAACAACGCAUUCACCCACGCCAUGUUCGAAGCUCAUGGCCUCGGCGUCAAUUCCAUCUCCUGGAGCCCCGCAAUCCUCCCCGCCCAGCUCACCAGCGCGCAGCCCCCUGGGCAGAACCCAGCUCCUGUGAAGAGAUUCGUAUCGGGAGGCUCAGAUAAUCUGGUCAAGAUCUGGUCAUUUAAUACCAAUAGCCAAGCCUAUGAGAACAUUGCGGAGCUGCAAGGACACCAAGAUUGGGUUAGGGAUGUUGCGUGGUCGCCCACACCACUAUCAAAAUCCUACAUUGCAAGUGCAUCGCAAGAUCACACUGUACGAAUAUGGACCCUGCCAGCGGGUGCUGACAUUGGAGAUGCCAAUGCAUGGAAGAGCGAGGUGCUGAAUCUGGAUGUGGUCGUCUGGCGGGUGAGCUGGAGUAUGGCUGGCAAUGUUCUUGCCGUCUCAUGUGGCAAUAACCAGGUCAGCCUGUGGAAGGAAAAGCUCAAGGGCGGCUGGGAAGUCGUCAAAACAAUUGAAGAUUAGGGCAAAUUCUUUUGCAUGUGGGCUGCAAAGAAAUGAAGCGUAUACGUAUGGUGAUGGCGAGGGGUCACAAGCGUCGGAAAAUCGCGGCAAUGUCAGGAAUUGGCAGCGCAUCCGCUCAGCGAGCACCUGAUCAAACUCACGGAGGUCCAGGCUCAGCGAUCAGGCGUUGCUGAUGCUGACCAGAUACCCAGAGACGUGCAUUGACCUGAUGCGAACGCCGUUCAAGCUCUGCGAUCGAGCCUGCUAUUCGUCUGAUGAGCUCAAUCAGGGACGAACACUCGGCGAUGACGAAAGCCAGGGUGUCUUGCACGCGAUGGAGGGUCUUAGCAGAGUAGAGACCCCUUGUGGCGGCAGCAACACUUGUGUCUAGGUCGGAAAGACAGGACUCUGUAACACGUUGAUGACAGCUACACCAUGUUUCCAAUUCCCCGUGUGUCAGGUCGUGCCUGCGACCACGACCAACUUCCGGCGCACAAGCUUUCCUAACGUGUUACAGUCAUCCCAAACAACCUUGCAUCUCCCCAAACAGUACCACUACAAGCAGGAUUGACCUGGAAGCUUUUUUUUCACCUAGAC